AUGUUCCCCCGAAGUGUAACAUGUCGGCUUGGCCCCAAUGGUGAUCCUAUCUGGCGGAAAGACAGCUCGAAAUUAUUCGGCUGUGUCGAAGCGAAGGGCGAUAGUGACUUAUUUAAAAGUCCACCCAAACCUUUAGGACUGGAAGGAUCAGGAGAAUCCAAAACUUCUAAGCCAACAUCAAAGCGAUGGGAAGGAAUAUUCUCCGAAGAGGCUUCCAGAAGGCAGCCCUCCAGCAUCAAGGCAGCUGCCCGAGCUGCGGCAGAGCCUGGCAUGAUUUCACUCGGUGCUGGAGCACCAUCAGCUGCCUACUUUCCAUUCAAGGAGGUCGAUGUUAAAGUGUCAAAUGAAUUAGGAUCUUCGGCAGAUAUGGAGACACCCGAUUCAAUUAUUCACAUGGCCAAGUAUGACUUUGAGGCAGGAACCAACGACUACGGCCUUGAUGUUGCCUUGAAUUAUGGCCAAGGAACCGGUUCUGCACAAAUGAUACGCUUUGUGACAGAGCAUACAGAGUUACUACAUGACCCUCCUUACGCCGACUGGGGCUGCUGUUUGACUGUCGGAAGUACAGCUGCAUGGGACUCAACUCUCAGAAUCUUCUGCAACAAAGGGGAUCACAUCCUCGUUGAGAACUAUGCAUUCGCGAGUGCACUGGAAACAGCGUGGCCCCUGGGCAUCAAAACGCUCGGCGUGAAAAUGGACGAACAAGGAUUGAUUCCAACGCAUCUUGACGAAUUGCUUUGCAGCUGGGACGUGCAAGCUCGCGGGGCCCGCAAACCAUUUCUGCUUUAUAUGGUCCCGACGGGCCAGAAUCCUACUGGAGCUACGCAGUCUCUGGCCCGGAGAAAGGCUAUCUACUCUGUCGCGCAAAAGCACAAUCUCUAUAUUGUGGAAGAUGAGCCUUAUUACUACCUGCAGUUGCCGGAAUACCGCCCGAAUCAGGUGCUCAACUCGUCCCACAUGGAUGGUCUUAUUCCAUCGUAUUUGAGUCUCGAUGUGGAUGGAAGAGUCCUUCGAAUGGAUUCACUAUCUAAGGUCCUCUCACCUGGAACUCGAUUGGGCUGGGUCACUGCUUCCCAGCAGGUUAUUGAGAAGUUUGUUCGGCAGAACGAGACUUCAUCUCAGCACCCUAGUGGUAUCUCCCAGGUGAUUGUUUUCAAACUGCUCAAUCACCACUGGGGGCAUUCGGGUUUCUUCAAGUGGUUGGAAAGUAUCCAGAAAGAAUAUACUUGGAGGAGGAAUGUUUUUGCCGAGGCAUGCGACCAAUACCUUCCGAAGGACUUUGUGGAUUGGACUCCUACUCACGCGGGAAUGUUUCAAUGGAUUGAGAUCAAAUGGAAGUCCCACCCUCUGUAUAAGACUGGGAGUGAUCACCCGACCAUCCAAAAAGCAAUAUUUAAUUCUGCUGUGAAACAUAAAGUCUUUGUGACGCCCGGAUCUUGUUUCUGGGCUGAGAGCGAUGCGGUAGAAGAUCGAAUGUUCUUUCGGGCUACCUAUGCAUCAGCAUCGAAAGAAGACCUCACAGAAGCAGCCCGCAGACUUGCCUCGGCGAUCAAAGCGGAAUUCGAAUAG